UUCAUCCGGUCCGUCUGCCAAAUCCGUCCGCCAUCGGUCUUCAUUGUGGACGUCUCUUUUGCUGCAUGGAUGUGGCGUGGGUUCGUGGUUGCAUUUCGGGUAUCAAAGGUUAACCCCUCCACAGCCACUAAGAUACCAGUGUGUAACUCACAGCGACUAUUUUCACAAGCUAGCUGGUUUUAUCUGUGCUCUGUAGACUAUUUUCGUUCAGGGAAACGAUUCAUGUCAAGUUCACCGAAAAGAAUCCGAACAGAGACUGAUAACAUGACCUUUAAAAAGAUCGGAACACACAACGGAACCUUUCACUGCGAUGAAGUUUUGGCUUGUUUCUUCCUCCAGCAAUUACCGGAGUACGCGGAUGCUGACAUUGUUCGGACCAGGGACUCGGCUCUCUUGGCUGAAUGUGACAUUGUUGUCGAUGUGGGAGGAGAAUUUGACCCAAAGAGACAUCGCUAUGACCAUCAUCAGAGGACAUUUUCUGAAACAUUCCACAGUCUGUGUCCAGAGAAGCAGUGGGUAACAAAGCUCAGCUCCGCUGGAUUGGUCUACCUCCACUUUGGCCGUCGCCUGCUGGCCCAGCUGACGCAGCUGAAAGAAGAUGACAGACAGUUGGAGGCUCUUUAUGAUAAGCUGUACGAGAACUUUGUUGAGGAAGUGGAUGCAGUAGACAAUGGCGUCUCACAGUAUGAAGGGGAGGCCCGUUACGCAGUGUCCACCACGCUGAGCGCACGUGUUGCACACCUGAAUCCUCGCUGGAACAGUGAGAGUCAGGAUACUGAGGAGGGUUUCAGGAAGGCUCUGAAGAUGGUUGGGGAGGAGUUCCUGGACCGUUUGGAUUAUUACAAAUCGUCCUGGCUGCCAGCUCGUGUGGUUGUGGAGAAAGCAGUGAAGGAGAGACAUCAGAUCGAUCCUAGUGGGGAGGUGGUGUUGCUUUCUCAGGGUGGGUGCCCCUGGAAGGAGCAUCUGUUUACAUUGGAGAAGGAGCUCCAGGUGGAGACCCCCAUUAAGUUUGUCAUUUACCCAGACCAGAAUGGACUCUGGCGGGUCCAGUGUGUCCCCGCAGGGCUCAACACCUUCCAGAACAGGUUGUCCCUUCUGGAAGAGUGGCGCGGCGUACGAGAUGAAGCGCUGUCGGAGCUCAGUGGGAUCAAAGGUUGCAUCUUCGUCCACGCAGGAGGAUUUAUUGGUGGCAACAAGACACAGGAAGGAGUUCUGGAGAUGGCCAGAAGGACCCUCCAGUCUGCUGCCCAGUCUCCAGCAAAUGGAAACAGCUGAUUAUUUUUUUUAAAGCAAAUGUUUGCUAAUAUUUGAAGAUAAUAAACAUCAAUGUGUUGGUUUUAUUAUCAUGAUUAUAUUGUAAACUUGUGAUAGUUUUGUCCACCUGUCUGAGUGUAUCUGAUGGCUUUCAUUCGCAGUAGAAACCUGCUUUGGAUUGCAUUUUGUAAUCAGGAUUAAAUGUAAAAAUAAUCUGACAUUUUGUCCACCUCA